AUGGCCUUUGUGUCAGUACAACUUUGAAGCUUGAAACUACAAGAGAAACAGCGAAAAUCAUGACUGGUGGUCCAGUGGAUCCAUCUGCAAGUUCGCUUGAGCGCACGCCUACAUGGGCUCUUGCCACUGUUUGCUUUUUUUUCAUCUUCAUUUCCAUCUUCCUUGAGCACGCUAUCCACCUUUUCACCAACUGGCUAAAGAAUCGUCGAAAAUCUGCGUUGAGUGACGCUGUGGAGAGGCUCAAAUCAGAGUUGAUGCUUCUGGGAUUCGUAUCACUUCUUCUGGCAGUAACUCAGUCUCAAAUUUCUAAGAUCUGCAUACAUCCCAAGAUUGCAGACACCAUGCUUCCUUGUCCUAGUCCUAAGCAGCAGGUUGAAUCGCUGACGGCCCACUUUGCCACCGGGAAUAUGCCUACAAUGAAUCAUUUCUUUAGGCGCCUGGAAGAUGAAGAUGAGAGUGAUGAGAUAGCUCCAGCUCCCCAUUCCAGUGCAGAUUCUGACCAUUGCAGUUCUCAGGGGGUCCAACAGCUACAUAUGUUCAUCUUUGUGCUAGCAGUCAUGCAGAUUGUGUAUAGUGUGCUUACCAUGGCUCUGGGAAGAGCAAAGAUGAGGCGCUGGGAAGCAUGGGAGAAAGAAACUCAAACAACUGAAUACCAAGUUGCCAAUGAUCCUGAUCGGUUUAGAUUCACAAGACAGACAACAUUUGGAAGAAGACAUGUGAAUUCUUGUACAGAAACAUCAGUUCAACUUUGGAUAAAAUGUUUCUUCAGGCAGUUCUUCAAGUCAGUUGCCAAAGUAGAUUAUCUCACUCUAAGGCAUGGCUUCAUCUCGGCUCACUUGUCUAGCAUGUUCAGUCAUUUCGAUUUCCAAAAAUACAUACAGCGAUCCCUGGAUGAAGAUUUCAAGGUCGUCGUCAGCAUCAGCCCCCUUAUGUGGUUACUUCUUGUUAUCUUCAUGCUUUUAGACGUGCACGGUUGGCAUACGUAUCUCUGGCUGUCUCAUGUUCCUCUCUUGAUAGUCCUUGUUCUGGGGACAAAACUGCAAGUGAUUGUUACGAGAAUGGCUAUUCAAAUCAGCAAUCAAAACGGCAUUACUAGAGGAACCCCUCUUGUUCAACCAAAUGAUAAACUCUUCUGGUUCGGUAAACCAAGAUUUGUUCUGACUCUCCUGCAUUAUACAUUGUUUAUGAAUGCAUUUGAGCUCGCUUUCUUCAUCUGGGUUACGAUACAAUUUGGAUUUGAUUCUUGCUAUCAUGAGCACAUUGCCAUAAUGAUCACAAGGAUCGUAUUAGCGGUUACAAUUCAAGUCCUUUGCAGCUACAUUACUCUUCCCCUGUAUGCCCUAGUGACACAGAUGGGUUCAGAAUUCAAGGACAAAGUACUAGACGAGAAGAUGGCCAAAAUAAUCAAGGAAUGGCAUGCAGGGGUAAGGGAGAGAAGGAAGAAACAAGAACAAUUUCUCCAAUCUGCUCGGACUUCUUUGUCCACUGACUGGAAUUCAAGAAGGGGUAAUAGAGGAGAAAUCACUGGGGAACAAGAUCAGACAGUGAAAGAAGAGGCUGCAGCCUCAUCUUUAGCACCAUCCCACCUUGUUAAGAUAGAAUUGCCUGCAUUGAGGAGAGAGUAGAUUGCGUAGUAUAGGAAUCCAUAUCCAGUUAGAGAACAUCAUGCUACCUAAGUGUUUGUAUAAAUGCCUCUUAAAAAAAAUGGUAUUUCUGUUUUUUAUGUGAGAUUGUACAUAUUGAAAGGGUCUAAGAAAUGGCAUCCACAUUA